AUGCCUAAAAAUAAGGGAAAGGGAGGAAAGAAUCGGCGUCGAGGGAAGAACGAGAAUGAAAGUCAGAAACGCGACUUGAUAUACAAAGAGGCUGGUCAAGAAUAUGCAAAAGUUGAACGCCUUUUAGGCAAUGGUCGAUUAGAAGCUUAUUGUUUCGACGGUGUUAAAAGGCUGUGCCAUAUUCGUGGAAAGUUGCGCAAAAAAGUUUGGAUCAGUAAUGGUGAUAUCAUUUUAAUUGGUUUGCGAGAUUAUCAAGACAAUAAAGCUGAUGUGAUUAUGAAGUAUUUGAACGAUGAAGCUAGAACUCUUAAAUCAUUAGGAGAGAUUCCUGACACUAUAAAAUUAGAAGAGAAUGAUGAUAUUGAAUUCGAUGCCAAUGCUGCCAUCUUCGAGGAUGAUGAAGAUGAUGAAAAAGGGUCAGACUCUGAAGAUGAGGAAGGCUCAGAUGAUGAUGAUGAUGAUGAUAAUAGUGAUGAUUCUGAUGAGAUCGCAGAAAUCAAUCAACGUUAUCGAGCUGAUACUGGCAUCGCUAAAGAUCAGCGAAAUAAUCGUCGAAGAUAUAAAGAGUACUUUGUUGAUCAAGGUGUUUCAGAACGUUUUCAAAUAAGCGUAUUGAUCAUGGGGGCAGCUUUUGGAAAAGUUUUAAAUUACUUAUACAUAGUUGACCAUGGUGAAGCAACAACUGAUUCUAAUCUAAAGAAAGCUAAGAUAACUUGCAUGUUAUCGUCAACUCAAAAGCCUGCAAAACCUAACCCUCAUUGGAAACACCUUGAGCUUCAGAAACCAGGUGAAGAGUUACGCAUAAGCAACCUCAAGGCUGGUGCGAAGUUCAUUCACGAAUCCAGGUGUAGUCGGGAGAAUAUCGCUGUGAUAAUGGAACCUAACAAUCAUGAAGCUGCAGCUUUUAUUGUCGCAUAUUUCUCUAUCUUAAGUGGAUUACCUGUAAAAUUAACUCGUAAAGCUGUUAUGAAAUGUAGAGAAAAAUUAGAUAUUACUAAUGAAUAUGACCCUUUAAUUGAAUCAAUGCAAAAUUCGACCACAGCAAAAGAAUUACGUAAUGAUUUAUUCAAAGGUACAUCUGGUUAUACAGAAGAUAGAUUAAUUGAAGAUUUACGAAAAAUUUAUCAAUUAGCUGAAUUAGAUCCACCAACAUCAUCAGAAAUUUAUUUAGAAACAAGACGUGAAUCAACGACACAAAAUUCAUCUAAUCCAAUUUUGAAACGUUUAUCCAUUGAUAAAAGUAAACAAGAAUCAACUAACCAAACAAAUAUUAGUUCAUCUAAUCUACGUGAUAAAACACCAGAACUACUUGUCCGUGAAUAUGAUAAUAACAAUAUUAAACAAGAUCAACUGAUGAAUACUUCAAUAAAUUCUUCAAUGAUUACACCUCAUCAUUCAACUGAUCAUAAUAAUUCUGUAUUAAAUAAUAUUAAACAUGAUCUACAUCAAAUUGACCAAAUUAAUAAUAAUACAAUUCAAAAUGGUACUAAACAAACUUCAUAUAAUCAUGAUAAAGAGAUUAAAACAAAAUUACCAGAUCCAUUAUAUAAUACCGAUAUGAUUAAUACCAAUAAAAUAAAUUCUCAAUCAUUCAUUAAUAAGCAUGAAAUUCAUCAUUCUAAUAGUAUGAAUAAAUUAAAAACCACUAAAGUAACAAUUACUUAUGCUCUAUCACAUGAAUCUACAGAAGCUGAUGCUGUGGAACAAUAUUUAAAUAGUACUAGUGCAGAUGAACGUGAUAGAUUACGUAAACGUGUAACAAUUACACAUGCUUAUUCAAAAGUUGACAAUUCUAUGGAUUAUAUAUAGAAAAUUGAUAAUUCAAUUAAUCCAUUGAACAUUGAAAAUAACAUACUACAUAUCAUCAUACGUAAUUUUUCUUUUAAAAGGAACGCUCUUUUUUCUUUUUUCUUUUUUUUAUAAACAAAAAAAAUCUAUAUAUGAUUAGUAUCGUUAAUAUUUAUGAUAGAAAUUUAUCUUCAUUUCUUGUUAUGAACUAAAUCAGUUUCUAUAUCUUUUCAUAUUUAUUAUUAUUAUUAUUAUCACUAUGACGAUUAUGAUUGACGACAAGUUUUUUUAAAAAAAGAAAAGAAACAAGUACUUCUAUUGAUCAAUACAAAUUUGUUUAAAUCGUUCAAAUGUUUUAUGUAACAUUUUUUUUUAAAAAAAAAAGAAAAGAAAACGCAACAUCCAUAUUUGGAAAGUUUGUUUGUUUUUGUUAAAAAUGAUAAUUAGUACCCAAAAAAAAGUGAAACUAUUUUUCAAAGUUAACACUAUGGUUACUUUUUAAAAGAAAACCUUAUGAAUGACAUGAAUAUUUAUUAAGCAUA